AUGUUUCCUUCCCAUGCUUCUGCCGCAAUGAACACAAGGAAAGCAGACACUGCCCUCUUGUUACUCUUGGUCUCGGUGCUGGCAGCAGGGUCCCAAUCUCCCAGCGGAGAAGCGUCCAAGGAGCAGCCUGACACAGAGCUCCUAAAAUGCCCCAGCUCAUGUGCCUGCAGCUAUGAUGACUACAGCGAGGAGCUCAACAUCUUCUGCAGCUCCCGGAACCUCACGCACCUCCCAGAAGACAUUCCCAGCAAUGUUAAGUCAUUAUGGCUGGAUGGGAACAAUUUCCUUUCUGUGCCAGCUAUGGCCUUCAGGAACCUUUCCAACCUGGACUUCCUUAACCUGCAGAGCAGUCAGCUGGUGAGCAUUGAGCAGCACGCCUUCCAUGGCUUAAAGGGCCUCUACCACCUGCACCUGGAACGGAAUAGGCUGAAGUAUUUGGCACCAAACACUUUCCUUCACACACAGAACCUCGCCUCCUUGAGCCUCAACAACAACCACUUCAACAAAAUCGAGGAAGGCCUGUUUGCUGGGCUCUCCAAUCUCUGGUACCUGAACCUUGGGUGGAACUCACUAGUGGUGCUGCCUGACAGAGUGUUCCAUAACCUGCCUAACCUGAGGGAACUGGUCCUGGCUGGGAACAAGCUGCCCUACCUGCAGCACCAAAUCUUCUGCAGUCUCAGUGAGCUGAAGGAGCUGGAUUUGAGUGGGAACUUGCUCAAGGGCAUCAAGCUCAAUAUCUUUGUCAAGCUACAGAAACUACAGAAGCUCUACCUGAACCACAACCAGAUCAAUGCAAUCGCCCCACGUGCAUUCAUGGGAAUGAAGUCCCUCAGGUGGCUAGACCUCUCCCACAAUCGUCUCAUCUUGCUCUUUGAAGAAACAUUCCUGGGUCUUUUGAGCCUGCACGUGUUGCGUUUAUCCAGUAAUUCAAUCACCAGCCUGAGGCCAAGGACUUUCAAAGAUCUCCAGUUCCUGGAGGAGCUGCAGCUGGGACACAACAGGAUCAGGAGCCUGGCAGAAAGGACUUUUGAUGGGCUAGGCCAGCUGGAGGUCCUUACACUGAACAACAACCAGAUUCAAGAGAUCAGGGUCGGGGCAUUCCUUGGACUCUUUAAUGUCGCAGUGAUGAACUUGUCUGGUAACUGCCUUAAGGCACUUCCCGACUAUGUCUUUAAGAGCCUAACCAAACUGCAUAGCCUUCACCUGGAAAACAGCUGUCUCAGCAGAAUCAGGCCACAAACUUUCUCCAGCCUUUCCUGCCUCCGGAGGCUCUUCUUGCAGCAUAACACCAUAUCCAUGAUUGAAGACCAGAGUUUGAAUGACCUGCAUGAUCUUUUGGAGUUGGACCUUAAGCACAACAGGCUGACCCAUCUCUCCCCCAACAUGUUUGUAGGCCUGAAUAACCUGGAAUACCUUCUCCUUUCCUCCAACCAGCUCUUGGAGAUCUCUCACAAUGCUUUCAGCCCACUUCAGCGUCUCUUCUGGCUCGACCUCUCCAACAACCAUUUGGAGAUGCUGGACAACACCACAAUUACCCCCUUAGCAAACUUGCGGUAUCUUAGCAUCAGAAACAAUUCUCUGGAAACCUUCUCAGUUGGUUCUCUGGGCCCUUCACCUGUGCUGGAGCAGCUGUGGCUGGAAGGAAACAAGUGGCACUGUAAUUGCUCACUGAAGGAACUGAGAGACUUUUCCUUGCAGCAUCCCACAGUGGUUCCACGUUUUGUACAGUCCCUUACGGAGGGGGAUGAUUCCCACACACCCGUGUACGUGUACAACAACCUGACCUGCCUAAGCCCACCAGACCUGGCAGGCCUUGACCUGAGGGAAAUCAGUGAAGAUCACUUUGCUCACUGCUAA